AUGGCUUUGAUGUGGGAGGAAGGUGGAAAAGAACACAUGGAUGACAAGUUUCUGAGGGACACUGCCUUUAAUCUUUUCGCUGGAGGUAGAGAUACGAUAACUUCAGCCCUCACAUGGUUCUUUUGGCUUACUGCUUCACAUCCUUCAGUGGAAGCUAAGAUACUUGAAGAGAUCAAACAAGAAAAGGAAGCUAACAAACAGUUAUAUCUUCGUGCUUCUCUUUGUGAAGCUCUGAGAUUGUAUCCUCCCAUAUCUCUUGAUCGAAAGCAAGCAAUCAAAUAUAACGUACUUCCUAGUGGACAUGAGGUUAGUCCAAAUCCUAUGAUUCUGUUAUCUUUGUACGCAAUGGGGAAACAUGAAGCCAUAUGGGGAAAACAUUGCUUGGAAUUCAAACCAGAGAGAUGGAUCUCAGAGAGAGGACACAUCAUUCACGUUCCAUCAAACAAGUUUUUUAGUUUCAAUGCAGGACCCAGGACUUGCUUGGGGAAGGACUUGUCCUUCAUUCAAAUGAAGAUAAUGGCUAGUUCUAUUUUGUGGAAUUAUGACGUUCAUGUAGUGGAAGAUCAUCCGAUUUCUCCAACGUUUUCAAUAGCUCUUCGAAUGAAGCAUGGUCUCAAAGUUCGGAUCAGAAGAAGGGGCUGA